AUGGCUGCCGAAAUACGACCAUAUACCAAGAGGCUGUAUAGUUGUACUGGCUACCUGCCCCUUACUGCGGAUUCCGAACAAAAACUGAUCAAACAACAACUCAUCGACGAUUCGAGCGACGAGGAACAUCUCAGCCUGCCAGUCACUCGCAAACGCUCAUAUUGUCGCUCCGGAGCUUCAGUCGUGGGUAUUGUAAGUGUUGUGUUACUGGAAAUGGUUGCUUUUGCCGUCUUAGUGACCGACAGCCGUAGUGGCAAAGUGCCUGAUUCCCGUCCACCCCAGGCGCAAGGCGGAUCCGUCGUCACAGCACACUGCGGUACCACGCCGGAAGGAGCCAAAGCUCGUGGCUGCUUCUGGGAUAUCAUGAGCUUUGGUUGGAUGCACCCUUCAUGUUUUGAUCGUGAGGAGUCCGCUCGUUGGGAGGCUGAAUAUGGGCCCUGGGAAUGGUACUCAGAGCGGCCGGGCAACGAGACGGAUUUGGUGCCGCUCACGGCUGAAGAGUUGCCAUAUUCACCUGUUGUGUGGAAAACACAGGGAUACCAUGUUCAGCAUUGUCUCUUAAGAUGA